CACCCCACGGUAUCUCGCGAUCAUCACGAUCAUACGUUUUCCUCCGCAUUACUCCGCAUUUCCGCUUCUUCCCGAACUCUAAUUGACCCCCUUGUCUUAUCUUCUAUUCAUAUUCUCCGACUGACACACGGUUGUGGUUGCUGUCAUUGACUUUACUUUGCUUUCGUGAUGGAGCUUGACGGUGCCUUACUCACCGUUCCGAGCCCCCUCGAGGCUUCCCAUGGUCGCGACAUCAACACUACCACACGUCAUCCUUACUCUUCAUCACUCUCUUCCUCUGCCUCUUCCUCUUCCUCCUCUGUCUUUUCUGUCGACUCAAUCCUGUCUCAAAGCUCGGCCAGCUCUGCGAGCUCGUCCCGUUCGCUUCAGGCCCUCCUGGAGAAUGAUAAUGAUGCGUCGUAUCCGUCUUCUGCUUCCCAAUGUUCAAUCGCUCGGAUCACCGCUGCGACCAAUACUACUGGAACGGAAUCGGUUGCUGCGUCGUUGUCGGCCUCAAAGGUUGCCGCUGGUGUAGUCCCCUCGGAGCUGCGCAAGCACCCCAGGCGGACACAAGCUGCGGCGCCCUGCGCGGGUCAGGUCUCCGGUGCUUGUUCGCAAGUGCCUUCAGCCCGGGCUCCGCCUUCCCUGGUGCGCCAGAGCGAACGGAAAGUCAACUUCGUCGAUAAUCUUGUCGUCUCUGCUGCACAGAUGGUCGAGACUAUCUGGCCCCUUUCGGACGUUAGCUGCCGCACCGGCAACAACCUGGGGAGUAAGAGUGUACUUCCUCUCCGCACCUUCAUUCAGGAGACACUGCGGCGCUCAAGGACCUCUUAUUCCACACUCCAGGUUGCGCUCUACUACCUCGUCCUGAUCAAGUCCCAUGUCCCGAAGCACGAUUUCACCAUGGAGCAGCCGCCAGAGGACAGCCACAGCAUUCGGGCCCUUCAGUGUGGCCGCAGGAUGUUUUUGGCCGCCUUGAUCCUUGCCUCCAAGUACCUCCAGGAUCGGAAUUACUCUGCUCGUGCGUGGAGCAAGAUUUCUGGACUCAACACCUGCGAAAUCAAUGCCAAUGAGCUGUCUUUUCUCAAGGCCGUAAAUUGGCGGCUGCACAUAUCCGAGCCCGUAUUCCAGCGGUGGACUGAUAUUGUCCUCAAGUAUACUCCAUCGGCGCCGUCUGCAUCCCCUGUUGCUGCGUCUUCUCCAAUUCCCCUGGAUAAGAACAUGAGCAAUGCGUGGCGAUCCGUCAUUCCCCGGCUAACACCGGAGCUCGAAAAUAUCGAACCCCCGGCCGUGGAAGUGACGGAACCCCGUCGCAUCGUCUCACCGGUCAGCCUCAACUGCUCUCCUCAUCUUGCUGUUGAGUCUGAGCGUUUCAAUGCUUGCGACAUGUCGACGACUUCCACCUUGCCUACGCCGAAACCAUUGUGCGUUCCGCCACGUGUGCUGGAGCCCACUCCGCGCUUCCAGCCUCAGACGCUCCCGUCUCUAUCGCGCAUGGUACCGCUUCCGACUCCUUCUCCGUCGCCGCCUUAUGGCUUUCCGGGUUCGACACCGAGCGUGCCUGACAUGUGCCUGAGACGGCCGUCGAUUGGGUCAGCGUUGGCAAUGGCUCAGAACGCUUGCAUGGCCCGCACCUCGUUGGAGCAGUGGGUCGUUCCUCCCACUUCUGCAUCUGCUGCCAAGCCUUUUGUCCCCGAGGGCUACGUUUCUGGACGUCGGACAUCGCUCGCUCGCUCGUCGCCUCCGGUCUCGUCACCAGAGUCUAUGACGUCGGACAAUUCUUCUGCUUCAUCUUCACGGUCUUCUCGAUCCUCUUCGAUUUCCUCUGUUGCGUCUUCACUGUGCGCGCCACCUUCAGCCAAUUUCUUGGCUGCUCGGGCGACUUGUCGGAACGCAACGCUGAAGGGAUCUGCAAGGGCCAUUCGAGGCGGUUCCGUGUUUGAAGAUGUCUUGGAGAGUGCCGAGUGCACGUCCUCGCCCGAGUCGUACGCCGGGUCCGUCCACUCUGUCCCGGACUUUUCGAACUUUUCCCUCAGCAGUGGUACGCCUUAUGAGCGAUCAGUCUCUUCCCGUGCUCCCCCUUGCGAGACCGUGCAACCUAGUUGCCUCAUGCUCAACCAAGGCACCGAGUCGGGGGAUGGCUCUUCUGUUCUGAGGGGCCAGAAGCGAAGUCGAGGUUGCGAAGAGCCAUCGCUGCAGCGUCACGUGCGCAAGCUGAUGGCCUCGCAAUCUCUCCGAGGGGAUAUGGUGGUUCAGGAUCGGUCCUCUACCAGCACUCCUUCAAUCCUCUUGGAUCGUUCCUACCAGUCAACACCCACUGUUGUUGGAACUGGCGUCGAAGACGGCGCAGUCGUCGCCAAGGCGACACAGCUGCCCACGAGCUUUGCCACGUAUCGUCUCCCUCUGCAGAAGGACAUGGGACGAAAGCGAGCGUGCUGCGCUGAAGAAGCACGUGUAGUUCCCGAUGCAGGGUCUCGGCCCAGCAUGUGGAAUGACGUCUUAUGAUUGCGUUAAAACUCUCUCUCUAAUGCCUCCCCCCACCGCUUUCCACGACAACCCGCCCCAAAAAGAUAUAACCAAAUUUAAUAUAUAAUCUGGUGUGUGUGUGCCUUUUUUUUUCCUUUUUGUCCAAAGUGGCAAGACAUGGGAAGGCGAAAAAGGAAGACUUGAG